AUGUCCGAAUUCGAAGGCGAUGACUUUUCCAACAACCUUUUCAGCGACCUUGCGCCGCUGCUCACUCUAUUCGGUGAGCAGGUCACAAAACAAUUCCUUAGCAUGAGUAUGGGAUGGGCUGAUAAUAUCCUGCUUGCUAUGGGACCCCUGGGUGUUAUCACGAUUGUUGUCAGUGCUAUCAGAGUUGGUGGGGAUAAGAGGCUAAGAGCGCUGAUUGGGAGGGCACGGGAGAGCCAAUCAGUUGCAGAACAGGAACUACUUUCAUCUACUUCCGAAAACGUAUGUGAGAUGUGGAAUGGACAACAAAUUGUUCGAUUGAUUGGAGACUCUGAGGAACUCAAAACACUGAUCGCAACAAAGGACGGAGCAGUGUACGAUAUCCAAGCGGCAGUUGAAGAUGAGCUCCUAAUAUUCAACAAGGACUGCCACCUAGAUGCUGAGGAGCUGCGAGUCCUUUCCAACGCCGCACCAAAUCUGGCUCUGAACGUACCUAAUGCUACAGCACAUCUAUAUGAGCUGUGGGGUUGGGCAGCACUCAGUGUUUUACUCCAGCUUUUUGCUCUCGUGUUCCCGGCGCUUGCGACAUUUUUCUGGCACUGGGAAAACGGCGGCAGUACAGUUCAGUCAUAUGGAUACCCGUGUUUCUCGGUUGGCACUGUAUGCUUGAUAAUGGGGAUAAUGAUGUGCGGGCAUGUUAUUGAGGGUGUAACAGAAGAGAUUGAGCUUCAAGUUUCAAACGAUAACGCUGGAAAGGAUGCGAGGAUAUUCUGCUACCAGCGCGGCCGAACUGUCGGAGAACAACACUUUCCAUCCUGCGCCAUCUUCAACUCCAAGAGUACUAUCAAGAUCUCUCGCAUCGGACAUAAUACGAAGGGUUACGUACUUUUGACGUACUGCUCUUCUCUGUUGGCGGUAACAGGAUACAUCGUACAGUUCGUCGGUUUCCGGGCUCUCCAUUGGUCUGCCACUGUGCUUCAACUAGGAAUUACACUCGUCAUCACUGGAAUUAGAGCUUGGAUUGAAAAGACCGGACACUUGAGCACUAACCUCGCUUCAAACCACCAAGUACUUGGAGCAUUCAACAUGAUGAAAGCACAAUUUCCUGCUUCUAUGGUGCAUGAAAAUAUCACCACAGUCUCUAACAACCUAAAAAGUCUUAUUGAGAAGAUAAUGGACUUCCUCAGCGAGCCUGGCACAGUAACGUGGAAGAACCUCAAUAUUUUACCUGGUCAAUCUGGAGAAGAUGAUCAAGGUGUCUCCGGCGGGAUUAUUCCCAUCAGCCUAACAUGGAGUUUCAACGUUGCGUCAGGACGAUUCUCACCCGAUACCUUGACAGAUGUGUUGACAGAACAGCUCGAGUUCCAUCUCACAAGCCGCGCUAAAACCAGACGAGACCUGAUCAGUCCCGACAUGCCACCUCAUUGGAUACUGGCUGACGCUCAAUAUCUCGAAGCUGUCCUGUCGAUAUGCUUAUAUUCUAUGCUAUCUCCGAAUCCUCAUACAUGGCAGAACAGGUCUACGCAUAUCCCGUGGCGCGUCAUCGGUUGCAGUACAACCACGAAAGCCGAUGAAAUGAUUGGCCAGUUUAAGAAAUGGCUCAAGCAUCCUGCGGUUCAAGCUGAGCUCAGUGUUUUUGUUUUGGAUAGGCAGGACGAGUAUCCUAAUGAUACCUAUCGACAGAGCUGGAGACCUCGCGGCCAUUCUCUAUGUCUUGGAAUGUUUUUAUCUUCAUUAUCAAAGUGA